GAGCUUUACAUAGCUGUUGGUAUCAGCGGCGCCAUCCAGCACGUUGCUGGAAUGAAGGACAGCAAAAUUAUUGUGGCUAUAAAUAAGGAUGGCGAUGCGCCGAUUUUCGAGAUUGCAGAUAUUGGGCUGAAAGCAGACUUGCACAAGGCAAUCCCUGAAUUAAUCAAGGCUUUGUCGUGA